UUAAAGAAGCAAGUCCAUUUAACAGGACAAGGCGAAUCCACAAUUUUCGUACUAGAUGGGAAAACUAAUGAAUGCGUUUAUUGUGAAACCGUGGAGCUCUAUCCGCGUAAACGUCGCAUGGUUAUGGAUAUGGAAGUAUUCAAUAAGCAUGCCGAUGUUCAAAUACGUAAUGAUCUUAUCGAUUGUCAGAUUGAUAUUUGUACCAGCUUUAUUUACCGAGAAUUUUUGAUUAUUAAGAUAUUCGUGUUUAUGGCAUUUUGA